AUGGCCUUCAAGCCUACACUUCCGAUGCAUGCGGGAGGCGGCCGCCGCCAUCUCUCCCUGCUGCUGCGUCUCGCCGCUGCCUGCUACCUCCUCCUGCCGCUGUCCCGCGCAUCGUCGUCGUCGUCGUCGGUGGUGACGCACCUGCCGGGAUUCGACGGCCCUCUGCCCUUCUACCUGGAGACCGGAUACGUGGGCGUGGACGACGACACCAGGACGGAGCUCUUCUACUACUUCGUGGAGUCGGAGCGGAGCCCGCGCACGGACCCCGUCCUCCUGUGGCUCACCGGCGGGCCACGCUGCACUGUUUUCAGCGGCCUCGCCUUUGAAGUAGGUCCUAUAAAAUUUGUGUUGGCACCUUAUACGCCUCACCAAAGCAAUCUGCCGCAGUUAGUCUACAACCCAUAUUCAUGGACACAGAUGGCAAGUAUUCUCUUCGUGGAUUCCCCUGUUGGCUCUGGUUUCUCGUUUGCGCGGGAUCCCAAAGGCUACGAUGUAGGAGACUACUCAUCGUCUUUGCAAAUCGUCACAUUCCUGAAGCAGUGGUUCAUCGAUCAUCCGCAGUAUCUUUCGAAUAUUUUCUACAUUGGUGGGGAUUCGUAUGCUGGAAAGGUGGUUCCACUUAUUGCGCAGUAUAUUUCAGAAGGAAUUGAGGAAAGGCAGCAGCCUCAGCAUCAAUCUCAAGGCAUGUUUUUUUCUCUGGCCUUCAAACAAUUUAAAUGGAGAAAAAGAAAAAGGAGUAAAAAUAGUGGCUAUCUAGUUGGCAAUCCUGUAACAGACUCUAGGUUUGAUGAAAACUUCGUGAUUCCAGCUUCUCAUGGCUUUGGAAUCAUAUCUGAUCAGCUAUACGAGGUACGUAAUUCCACAUCCACACAUGUUGACCAAGUCCAACGUAAUCUUUGUGUAGAAUGUUUCCAUUUUCCUUUUACAAAGGCUGCAGUGGAGCAUUGCAAAGGAGAUUAUGUAAACCCUGCAAACAAAUUGUGCGCUGAGGUGCUGCUCACUAUUAACAAUCUCCUUUCUGAAAUCCCAAAAGCACAUAUCCUGUACGAUGUAUGCCCUGUAGCCGCGCCAAAACCCAAAUAUAAUGGUGAUUCAAGAAGGGUUCUAUCAGAAGAAUCUAUACAGCUAAAUGAGCCGCCGGAUCGUCCUAAACUUCAUUGUUUUACAUAUGGUUACUACCUGGCUUACUAUUGGAUGAACAACGAUACUACCAGGGAUGCUCUUGGGAUCAAGGAGGGGACAGUUGGCGAAUGGAUAAGGUGCAUCAAAGGGCUUCCUUACGCAAAUGACCUCCCAAGCAGCAUCAAGUACCAUUUAAACCUCACGACCAGAGGUUACCUUGCGCUUGUGUACAGUGGAGACCAUGACCUUAUGGUACCGUUCCUCGGCACGCAAGCGUGGAUAAGAUCACUGAAUUUCUCCAUAGUUGAUGACUGGAGAGCGUGGCACCUCAAGGGCCAGGCUGCUGGGUUUACGAUAACAUACGCCAACAAUUUGACCUUUGCGACAGUGAAGGGUGGCGGUCAUACUACUCCAGAAUACCAGCCUGAAGAAAGUUUUGCGAUGGCUCAAAGGUGGCUGGACGGUGAGCCUCUCUGA